GAUAAACAGCUCGUCUCCACCCCGCAAAGUCGUUCUAGAAGCACAGCACGCUUACCAAAUACUCUGCGAACCACCAGCAACUUCUUUUACCCCCGAGACAACGCUCCCGUAGCUUCAGAAACACAAUGGCAAACGGUUGGGCACCAUUUAUCGGCUUCGUAGUCGUCGUCGUAUUCUGCCUCGCCGCUUGGAUCCUUGCACCCAAGGGCGAGAACCAGACUGUCUGGCGAUCCACACUCGUGCUCUCAGCCUCAGCAAUGUACAUCAUGUGGGCGAUAACGUUCCUCGCGCAACUGCACCCUCUCAUCACGCCGGUACGGAAAGGUCUUCGCCCGGAGCUGAACACUGGGCGCUAGUGUUCUUCUCCGCGAGGUUGGACAAGGAAAGGAGGCACAGACGAAGAAACCGAAGACGAUAUAGGGGAAGCGCAUGAACGUGUAGGGAGUUGUCUUUGCCAGGCGAUAGUCUUGCCGAUAC